UACUAUUCGUUCAUUCGUUUUUCAAAAUAAAACCAAAACUCAAAAAACAAAUAAAUGGCUUGUUUCCUCAAUAUUCGUUUCCAAAACCAAAAGGAAAUAACGGAUAACAACUCGUUUUUCCAAUUUACAAUGUUGUGCUCAAAUGGAAAAAUGGAAAAACAGAUAACGAGCGUUUCACUCCGUUUCAUCCAAUUUUUAUUUUUUAUUUGACGCAAGAUGCAUGACCCGGAUGUGACCUUAACUAGGACCAGAAUCUGCCAAAAAAAACAACAAGUCGAGACAAAAGAUAGUGAUCAUAUUAUAAUAGUGUAUGUUUAUUAACGGUCCGUGGUAGUGAUGGCCGGACUCGAUGAAUAUUCCGACUUGAUUCGCAAGCUUUUUGAAGAGGGUCGAACGCAUGCUGAGAUUUCCACCGCGCUGCGUCAGAGAGAUGUCCCGAGAUGCUCGGAAAUGUCUGUCAGAAGAUUCUGUGUUCAAUACCAGCUCAGACGAAAAAGACAUGUGUCAGACGCAGAACUGGAAAUGGCAAUCAUGUCAUCGAUAGAUAAGACAGGUCCAUGUUACGGCCGAAAAUUCAUGACAGGAUACCUGUCAUCAGUGGGGGUGAGGGCAGGAGAAUCUCGAGUGGGAAAAAUUCUCAGAGAGGUACACCAGCCGUAUAAUGAACUGCGUCGCCAAGGAGCACGUAAUCUGAAUCCAGUUCCUUAUCACGCCGAGUAUAUGGGUCAUAAACUCCACCUAGACCAGAAUGAAAAGCUGGGAAUGUUUGGAGUUACACAUGUCUUGGCUAUAGAUGGAUUCAGCAGCAAAAUUGUUGCAGAAUCCACAAUGCCAGUGAAAAACAACCUUAUUGUUUAUGAGGAAGUUUACAGGAAAGCAGUUGUCAACAAUGGCAUGUGGGACCAAAUUAGAGUGGAUCAUGGCAGGGAGUUUUACUUGACCCUCUACAUGCAAGAAAAGCUGUCUCAACACAGACAUAACAUCAACAGGCUGCCUUAUGUACAGACAACUUCUUCAAGGAACCUUCGUGUGGAAAGAAUUUGGCCGGAGGUCAACAAUCGGGUGAACUAUCCACUAAAACAAGCCCUGGUUCACCUGCUUGAUCAAGAGCUGCUUGACAUCCAGGAUAAUGUUACCAAAUUUUGUGUCUCCAACCUUGCAUGUCAAGUGAGCCAGAUUGGACUUGGCAGGGUUGUACAGUCAUGGAAUGCCCAUAGGAUACCAGGCAGAGGGAUACCAAACCAACUUUCAGCUGAUUGUUGUCCAGCAAGAAUUCACACAGAGCUGCUGCCCAAUGCUGCUGAGGCAGCACACAUGUAUGAGCAAGAGUUGGGGUCCUCCCUGACUUGGGUAUCUGCCUUUGGCUCUGACCCCUUUUCAUCAGAGCAAGACCGAUGUCGUGCUGAGCAGCUGUUUGGAGAGAGGUUUCCAGACAUGUCUCUUCUUUUUGGAAAAGUAGUUAACAAUGACCAUAGUGUUUUUCAGGAAGCACUGAUCUAUCUGAUUAAUGUUACUGAAAGACAUGCCAGAUAAACACAGGUGGUGAUAUUGCCAACUAUGCCAGUGAUGGACUAAGUACACAAAAAGUACUGUAUGGUUAUAUUUGUUCUAUUCGUCACAUUUCUAAAGCUGGAACCGCAAGAUGUUUUUACAUGAAAAAUGCCUUCACGCCAAUAAUUUAUCAAUUGACUUAUUUGUUAAUCAACUUGUGUUUUUUCAGAUGUACUUGUAUAAACUGAUUCUGUAUAACAUCAAAUUGUACUAAAUUUGUGAUCUGUCAAACAAAUGUAGUAGAAAAUUUCCUCUGAGAUGUAGUGGAGAAUUAAAGUCAUGAAAAGAAAAUACUCAAAUAUUUCAAAUUUCCACCAUUGAACUAUGCAUAUGUUUGUAGAGUAGUUGUGAGAAACUGCUCAAACUCAAUUGUAGCUGAAUAAAUUCCAAGUGUGUUCAGA